AUGGCUUCUUUAAUGUUUAAAACAAUGAUGGGGUCUUCCAUGAAAAAUCUGGGGAAUAAUCUUGGGGGAGAAUCAGAAACAAAAGAAAAUUCAGAUGGUAAAGAAACUGCACAGUCCAAGGGAAUGACACGAGAAGAGUUUGAGGAAUACCAAAGACAGCUGGUGGAAGAAAAGAUAGAACGGGAUCAUACCUUUGCACAGAAGAAAGCAGAGAGAGCAACUGUCAGAAUGCACAUGAGAGACAAGUACAAACUCCCACAGAGUGAAAAGGAUGAUGCACAGUUACAGAUGAUAGGAGGAGAAGUAGAGCUUCCUGAAGAUCUGGCUAAAAUGGUAGAGGAAGAUGAAGAGGAAGAAGAACAGGGUUCUCUUCUGUCCAUGCUGCCAGAAUUUGAUAUUAAUGCAAUGAAAACACGGGCCCAGGGAACAAUUACUGAGGUCAAGAGAGUUGCUGAAGAAAAGUGUUGUGUUAUGUGA